AUGAGUAACUUCCUCGCGCGUGAUGUCUUGCAUCUUCCAAGACCAUCCAUUCUCGAGCGGUACUCGAAUAUCUUCAUCGUAUUCUUCUUAUCUGGCGCAAUGCACUUCAUCCUUGAUCUUGUGGCCGAUAUCCCAUGGGAACUCUCGGGUGCGAUGCACUUCUUCCUAUCCUUUGUCUUGGGAAUUAUGAUUGAAGAUAGCGUGCAAGCCUUGUGGAAUCGCUUCUCACCUCCACAAAAGUCCAAAGACGGGGAUGUUCUGACUCCUCUAUGGAAGAAGGUUGUCGGUAUGGUUUGGGUCUUUGCUUGGCUUGCUGUCUUUUCGACACCGUACACGGAGCGUAUGGCACAAUUACCUCCCAACGACCUCGUGCCGCUCAGUGUGGUGGGCAAACUUGGAGUCAAGACUGGAGGAGGACUGGCAUUUGUCGGGGCUGUCCUGCUGUGUUUGACUGUCGGGCCAGAAGUGUGA